AAUUACUCAAUACUUUAAAGAAUUAUUUAUUUUUUAAUUUGUAUGGUAUUUGUAUAAUAUUCCAUUAAUUAAAAUAUAUAUAUAUUUCUAUGUGAAUAUUUGUCUAAACACUUAAAUUGAAUAUUUUUCAUUAAGUAUGACAAAAUCAAAAUUGAAUUUACCUUGGGUUGAAAAAUAUCGUCCAAGUAAAUUAGAAGAUCUAAUUUCACAUGAAGAUAUAAUAAAAACAAUUGGUAGGUAUAUUAAAGAAGAUCAACUUCCUCACCUGUUAUUUUAUGGUCCUCCGGGAACUGGAAAAACUAGUACAAUUUUAGCAUGUGCUAAACAAUUGUACACACCUGCCCAAUUUCGCUCGAUGGUACUUGAACUUAAUGCCUCUGAUGACAGAGGUAUUAAUGUUGUUAGAGGCCAAAUAAUGAAUUUUGCAUCAACAAGAACAAUUUUUAAAUCGGGUUUCAAAUUGAUUAUUUUAGAUGAAGCUGAUGCUAUGACAAAUGAUGCCCAAAAUGCUUUAAGAAGAAUUAUUGAAAAAUUUACUGACAAUGUCCGUUUUUGCUUAAUUUGUAAUUAUUUAAGUAAAAUCAUUCCUGCAUUACAGUCUCGAUGCACACGUUUUCGAUUUGGACCUCUUGAUUCGAAACAAAUAAUGCCAAGACUUGAAUAUGUUGUACAACAAGAGAAUGUUAAGGUUACAGAAGAUGGGAAAAAAGCAUUAAUAGAUUUAGCACAAGGUGACAUGAGAAAAGUAUUGAAUAUUCUACAAAGUGCUGCUACAGCUUUUUCAGAAGUCAAUGAAGAUUCUGUCUAUACGUGUGUUGGACAUCCAUUGAAAAGUGAUAUAAUGGAUAUUUUAAAAUGGUUAUUGAAUGAUGAUUUUUCAUCUACCUACCAAAAAAUUCAAGGAUUAAAAGUUGAUAAAGGAUUGGCUUUGCAAGAUAUUUUGACAGAACUCCAUACAUUUUUGUAUAGAUUGGAUUUACCACCCGAUGCACUCAUUGAAUUACUAACUGAAAUGGCUGAAAUUGAAGUUAGGCUUAAUGGUGGAACUAGUGAAAAAAUUCAUUUAAGUGGAUUAAUAAGUGCUUUUCAUGCUAUUCGGUCUAAAUUAAUUCCAGUAGACCAAUGAUUUUUUUAUAACUUAAAUUAUUCAUGUGUAUGCGUGCUAUCAUACAUAAUUAUUCUUUAACAAUUUGUAUGAAUAUUAUAUCAGUAGGUUAUUAUUUUGUAUAAUUAUAAAGAAAAUUGUUAAAUUUAUUUUUCAUGAAAAUGUUAAAUGAAUAAUAGCAGGGAAUAGAUAAACUUUCUAUGAAAUAUAUUUUUGAUUUAAAUUA